CUGAAUAUGUAAUUUGAGAAAUUAUUAAUGUCAAAAUGAAGAGUGUCAAUAUUAAAUUGAUUUACGUGUUUCUAAUUUUGUGUAGGCCUUUAUUAUGUUGGGCCAGUAUAGAUUAUUGUUCGUUAUGUGAAAAUGGAUUUCAUACUAUGUGCUUGUACCCAAGAGACGGUCCCGGACCUUCCUGUUUGGAUUAUAGAAAAGUAGAAUUUACACAAUAUCAAAAAAUGUAUAUUGUUGAUAUUCAUAACGAUAUACGUAAUCACGUGGCUUCUGGUCUGGAAACUAAGGGAAAACUAGGAAAUCAACCCCCUGCCACUAAUAUGUUGCAAUUGGAGUGGAGUGAUGAAUUGGCAAAAAUAGCUCAAAGAUGGGCAGAUCAAUGCAUACCCGUCAACGCUACGAAACAACACGACACUUGCAAGACUACAAGUCAAUUUGACAACGUCGGUCAAAAUAUAUUGACGGCGGUUACAAACGGAACUGACGUAUCGGAAUUGGCGAUAUUAAUAUUGAAUUGGUAUAAACAAGUAGUUAAUGUCAUUCCGUCCGAUAUAGAUCAUUUCGAAGGGAUCAAAAGAGGUCAAUUUUUGAUAGGACAAUAUACGCAGUUGGUUUGGGCCAAUACCAAAGCCGUCGGUUGUGGUAUGUCGAUAUACAAAGAUUCACCGAGAGGUUUUUAUAACCAAAGAUUGGUAUGUAACUACGGUCCUGGUGGAAAUAUAAUCGGACAACCCGUAUAUUUACAAGGGAUACCGUGUACCGGAUGUCCGAAAGGCCGUUGUAACAAUAUUAGAAAAUAUUUAUGCGAAAGUUUGGUUACCGAAAAUUCGACUAAUCAAUCUAAAGAUGAUAAUCCAUUCCCCGAUCAAAAUUUUAAUAAUAACGUCAUUUCGUGUUUGUUGAAAUUAGAAUUUUCUGAGGAAAAUUUAUAUAAAUGCAAAAAUUUAACAAAUCGUAACACUACAGAUUAUCCCACUGAAACGGCAACAGUGUACAACAAUUUUUUGACAGAGAAUAAUGGAACAUUUAUGUCAAGUAUCAGUAUAAUACAAAAUAUUAGUAAAAUAAACUGGUUAUUCAACAAUGAAGUAACUGUGAUAAAUUUCAUUAACGAAGAGGAGAAAUUCGACGAAAUCGAUACAACAUCCCAAUUUUGGUUAAACCCCGAAGUUAACGUCAGAUUUAAACGUGCAGUUGGUAGAUGGUACAACGGGGAAUGUAAAUGCGACAAAAUUUAUAGAUCCCCUUCCAAUUUGGCAGUUUUGGCAACAUAUUUGAUCGAUUUUUGCCUAGUUAUCAUACUUUAUAUACGUUAAAAGUAAAAAAUUGAACACCAAAAUCAGACCAAUAAAAAUAAAAUAAUAAAAAGCAGAUAA